AGGCUAGUUCAGUUAGAGUCACGGGUCCAGUCCAGCAUCAUGCAGAGUUCUCCAAUCAUUUUUGUGACAGCCAUCCUCCUCGGCGCCGCACUGGUGAAAGGCUUUGACGAAAAGGAGGCCAUGGCAAAGCUGAUGAGUGCAGCCGAGGGCUGUAUGGCCGAGGUGGGAGCCGCAGACGCCGACCUACAGGAGCUAAUCAAAAAGCAGCCUGCCAGUUCGUAUGCUGGAAAGUGCCUUCGUGCCUGCGUGAUGAAGAGCUUUGGAUUGAUUGACGCAAACGGCAAGCUGGACACGGACGCCGGUCACGAAAAGGCCAAGCAAUACACAGGAAACGAUCCGGAGAAGUUAAAGUUGGCUCUCGAAAUCGGAGACAAGUGUGCGGCCAUUAGUGUGCCGUCCGAUCAUUGCGAGGCUGCCGAAUUAUAUGGUGCUUGUUUCAAGAGCGAGGCCACCAAACACGGACUGAUGUAGUCGCUUCAACAGCCCCCGGAUCGAACACGCAAAAACCGUACCCUGAAGAGACCCCUAUAUACAUAAGUAUCUGUGAGAUAAAAAAAUUCAAAAAAAAAAAAAAUAAACGCGGCUUAAACUCA